UGCCCCAAGUCAGAAUCUGAUGCUUCAUUGCUAUGCAAUUUUGCCUGUUUCUGACAUGUUCAACUGGCUAUGUUGCAGAAUUUUUUAUGUUACACCUGUAAGGAGUAUGUAGAAGACCUGGCAAAAGUCCCCAAAGCGUUUUUACAAGAAGCAAAUGUGAGGCUUGUAGUUAUUGGACAGUCAUCUUACCAUCACAUCAAGCCCUUUUGCAGUUUAACUGGGUAUACGCAUGAAAUGUAUGUAGAUCCACAAAGGGAAAUUUAUAAAACGCUUGGCAUGAAAAGAGGUGAAGGUAAUAAUGUAUCAGCGCGGAGCCCUCAUGUGAAGUCAAACACGCUGCUGGGAAGCAUUAGGAGUACGUGGAGAGCAAUGACUGGCCCGGCUUUUGAUUUUCAAGGAGACCCCGCUCAGCAGGGAGGAGCUUUGAUUUUAGGCCCAGGCAAUGAAGUUCAUUUUUUGCACCUUGAUAAAAACAGGCUGGAUCAUGUUCCCAUUAACACAGUUUUGCAGCUGGCAGGUGUUAAAACAGUAAAUUUCACAAACAAACCUCAGAUUAUUCACAUAUGACACUGACACAAUAUAUGAUUUCUUUAUUUGUGCUCUACAAGAACAAUUCUCCAGUGAAUUCCUACCAGCAUCGGUACUCUUGUGUCUUUAUGGGACAUGUGAAACCUUAUCUAGAAAAUUGGAGCACAGAAUAAACUACCUGGCACUGAAGAUGGACGCGGAAGUGCUAUUUCCAUCGGGUAUAAGAUAACAAAAACUAAAACACAUCUGACGCUUACAGCAAAAAAUCCUGUAGCUUAUUAUUUCCUCAUCAAACAAUCUUGCUAAUAUAGUUUAAAAUACUUGUUCAAGAUGCACUAAACUAAAAAGUCUGGUUUUUCUCAAGAAGAACUUGGGAUUCUUACCUUCACCAGAUCACACUGGCUUUCAAUCCAAUACUUCUCAACGACGUUUUAAAGCUUCCAGCACCGUGUGACAAUCUUGUAUUAAAAUACUUGAAAAAUCACAGUUUCAAACACUGGGACUUAAGCUUAUGCAUACUUUUGCAUCUGGCACUGGCAGACACUAUUAAAUACAUUUUACAGUUUUAAAUAAAUAUUUUAAAUACAUCA